CCCGGCCUAAAUCUUAAUUUUAAUCUCAACUAUCCACACCUUCUGAUCAGACGGUCCUUAUCAAUUUCCCUAAAUCAACCGUAUAAGUCAUUUCACUUCACCACCCACCGCCUCCGUUAUCCCUUCCCACCGUCUCCACAAUCGUCACAGCCACCACCUAUUCCACAGGCCAUCGCUGGCCCAAAUACGGAUUGAUUUGCCGCCAUUUAGUCUCCUUUCUUCUCUCCCUUUUAAGAAAAAAAGAUACUUUCUUGAAGUUUAGUUAAUUAAAAAUUGAAUUUUUAUGUGUAAAAAAGUUUUGAUUUUUUGUUUUUGCGUUUGUUGGGCUGUUUGUGGAUGUGGGAUCUGGAGAUUUAUGUUAUAAAGUUUUGAUUUUUAUAGUUUUUUUUUUUUCGAUUUAUAUAGAUUUAUUUGAUAAAGCUCAUGGGGUUUGGUUAUUAGUAUGAAAGAUUGAAUCUUAAAAUCUGAUUUUGAAAUCUUUGUGCUGAAGUUUGUUCGCUGCCAUUUAGUCUCCUUUCUUCUCUCCCGUUUAAGAAAAAAAAGAUACUUUCUUGAAUUUUAGUUAAUUAAAAAUUGAAUUUUUAUGUAAAAAAAGUUUUGAUUUUUGUUUUUGCGUUUGUUGGGAUGUUUGUGGAUGUGGGAUCUGGAGAUUUAUGCUAUAAAGUUUUGAUUUUUAUAGUUUUUUGGUUUUUUUUUUUUCUAUUUAUAUAGAUUUAUGUGAUAAAGCUCAUGUUUAUGAUAAAUAUGUGUUUGGUAUAUUAAGAUGUGUUUUGUCAAUAUUUUGUUGAUUUUUUGUGGGGUUUGGUUAUUAGUAUGAAAGAUUGAAUCUUAAAAUCUGAUUUGAAAUCUUUGUGCUAAAGUUUGUUUGUUUUCAAGAGUUGCGGUCAAGUGAAGUGAAUUGGCUGAUCUUUUUUUUUUUUUUUUUUUUUUUUAUAUUGAGACGUCUUUUGUCAGUAACUCACAUUAUCGCUGUAUUUGGUUAAAGUUUGUAGGCCUCAUGUAAACAGUGCUGUUGUGAGAGCUAAAUUCAACUCCAAUUUGCCACCGAAUCUAUGUUUGUAUGCAAAACCGAAUUCUGGAAUAGUUUCUCUGGUGCCUUUGAACUUGUUUCUCAGGUAUGUAUAACCUGUGAUGCAAUUGGACUAUAUGUUCUUGCUCUUUCUGCUUUUUGUUGUUUUUCAUUAAUUUGGUGAUGUGGUACAACAAGUGUAAAAGCAAUGGUCUCAAAGUUGCUGUUGCAUCUAGUGCUGAUCGGAUUAAAGUUGAUGCAAACUUGGCUGCACCAGGUUUACCAAUAACGAUG